AUCACCACGAACCACGCAGAUCGCUGUUACUGGAUCCAGAGAUUACUCAAAAAUAAAGAAAGAGCAAGGAAACCGAGAAAAAUGCCGUCUGCUACAGAAGAGAAGGUUGCGCCCAAGAUUAUCGACCCUGCGUCUGAGCACGGCGAUGAAAUCGAUGCCUCGGUAGACCGCGACAGGAUACGUGUCCUGGCGGGAGCCACCGAGAGCGCUGCUUCAUUUCAGUUUGACGGCGAGGACCACACACUCGGCAAUGCGCUGAGAUAUAUCAUCAUGAAGAACCCUGAUGUCGAGUUCUGCGGUUACUCUAUUCCUCACCCCUCAGAGACAAAGAUGAACCUGCGCAUCCAGACAUACGACAACGUCAGCGUAUAUCAAGUCUUGGAGAAGGGCCUUGAGGACCUGAUGAACAUGUGCGAUGUAGUCACUGAGAAGUUCACUGUCUCGAGAGAGGAGUUUAUCAACCAGAUGGAGCAGUAGAGUGUCAGCGCCUCUAAGCGAGGUUGGACAAGGGUCAUUGCAUUGCAGGCGUUCACGGAUAGCAUCUACGGAUCGGCGCACGAAAAAGGAAAUGGUAUUGUGACAAAGCUAUAC